GUUGUAUCGGAGUCAAAAUUUUAUUAACAUUUAAAACCAUUUUUCCACAUUCCGGUUAAUAUCGCCCUGGACGUCGAAUGCAUCGUUUGUAGAAAAACGUUGCAGAAAAUAAAUCACGAUCCGCGAGAGAGAAUAGACAUGGGGAAAAUAACAAAUAAACGAUCGAGAACUCCGAAUUGGUCGCCCGACGAAAAACAUUACCUGCUAGAACUGAUCAAGACGCACAAAGACGUGAUCACCAAACCUAACAACGGACCCAACCAACACGAAGAAAAGGAUGCUGCGUGGAACGAUAUCCUACGGAAGUUAACUGAAAAAUUUGGUAAUAAGUUCGCCGAUUUCUCACUUAAGAAGCUGAAAACGCAGUGGCAGAAUAUGAAACGUAUCGCUCGGGAGGAGAUUACUAAUUAUGGGGACCAGCUCCAGAAAUACACGAAAGUCUCGCUGGAUGUGUGCGAUGUUUUGCAGUUAGACAAAAAUGGCGCUAUCAAAACUGAAAAUGUUAACGCAACGAUAGCCACAGACAUAGAAAUUAAAACUGAAUGUAUUGAUGAAGAGAUGAAUGAUGCAAGUAUCUACGAAAAUACUACAAUAGAUAAUUUGGAAAAUACGAAUACAUAUGGAUCUACUGCAACCACACUCGUAGUAGAAUCUGAUACUAGUUGUGUUUCUGAACGGAACGACAAUGAAACAAGCAAGAGGUCAGUCGACACCAUGACCGAUUUUAACACAGACAAUUUGGAGAAGAUAGCUGCAUUUCGCGAAAAUCUAGAAGAAAUGUUAAGGUGUGCAGAUUCUGAGAAGCAGCUAAAACUGGAAUCUCUACAGGAACAGCGGCAGAUCAUGAAGGCUAUGAGGGAAACUGCUGAGCUGAACAAAAUUAUAGCCGAGCAGAAGUUGAAACAUGUGUUGUGGCUGAAGAAACAUGACAUUACGUGA